AUGACCAGCACGGCUGCGGCCACGUCGUCGCCGCUGCGCGGCGUCCGCACGAAGCACUGUCGCAGCCUGCUCUCCCGCGCAGCGCGAUGCCGCUCGGGCGCCGCGCGGAGGACGCCUCUGCCGAUCUGCGACCGACCGUUCACUUCCAGGCCCUCAUGCGCCCGCGCACGGCGACGCUUCCGCGCCUCGGCCGGGCCUGGGGCGCCGGCGAAGCUCGCGCGCGUGUGCGAGCUGUUGUUGCUGUUCGAGGCCCGGGAGUCCCUUCCAGUUGCAACUACUGCGUCGGGAGAUGCCACGGCGGACCCCCCCGCGACGGGGGCGGCGGUCAUCGGCGAGGAGGUCAUCGACCACGUGUGGUCGCUGCAGUACAUGGUCCCGUACGCGCUGUGCGCGUCCGCCGGCGCCCUGACGCGGUGCGAGGGCACGGCGGUCAGCGAAGGGGCGUUCACGCACGCAGUGCACAUGCGGUUCGGCGACGAGGCGAAGAUGGAGGCCUUCCUGAGCGACAAGCGCUUCCAGGACGCGGUGCGUAGGGUCGUGCACCCGCUUUGCAAGUCCUGGACGGCGCUCGCCUUCGCGGGCAGCGUGGAGGACGACGUUUUGGCCAUCUUCCGUCGGGGACCUGACUUCGACGCGGGCGCCGAGUCAGUCGUGGUGCUCGGCGGCGGGGAGGGCGGCGUGGAGGCGGAGAUGGCCUCGCAGCUGUCGCAGAUCGCCAGGAGCGACCUGUCGAUGGCGGUGCAGUGCUCGGAUGGCGCGCUGCUGGCGGGGCCCGUGGAGGUGGCGUCCGCGGCGGCAACGGUGGCGGCGACGGCGCUCGCCGGCGCCAUCGAGGCCGCGGGGAUGGAGCCGUGCAAGUUCCGCGGCGUCUUGGACGGCGAGGCUCGGCACGCGAUGAUGGGCCACUUCCUGUCGCGUGAGCUGGAGGGGGAGUUUUCCGGGUGCCCCCCCUGCCGCGCGCUGGUCGAGGGCGGACAGGGGCUGCCGGCGCGGGCGGUGCUGUCGCUCACGUUCGACCCGAACCCGACCGAGGGCUCGAGGACCACGGAGCACGGCGGCCCCGUCCCGGACGGUCCAUGGUUUUGA